AUGGCAGGAAAUGGAGACACUCCUACUACCGACGCCUCGCAAAGCGAGGUAACGAAAUCGACUGGGACUUCUGAUGUCGAAGAAGGCAUCAAAGACGAGUCUAAAAAAGAAGAAACGACUGAAGGUGAAAAGAGAAAUAAAAAGCCCACCGAGCUUGAGUUUCACUGGCCUUCCAAAACAAACCUAUGGUGUUCCUCCACCGGACGAUCGCAUGCUCACCUCUGGGACUUUGGCGUUGACAUAUGUCCACGUUGCCAGCAAGAUCUAGAACCGACAUCGCCAGUACCAGUAGAGGAAAAGGCCCGUGAUGAGAGCAAAUCCGCUAAGCCAAAGGCCAAGAGUAUUCUCCACGCUGUCGAGUAUCGAGACAACGGAAACAAUACAAUUGGUAGCGAGCCAUGGGAGGGCGAGUUCGAUCUGGAUAGUCUGGGUUUGGCGGAUGAUCCCGCAUUCGAAUUAGUCACAGUACUGUUGACUUCGAUACAGGCGAAUGAUGAUCGUCGCGAUUGGGAAGCUGAGAGGUUGAUCGAAUCGAACAUUUUAAAGAAGCCAAACAUGAGAGCAAAGAUUGUCUCAAAGCGUUUGACUGUUCACUCAGAACCACUGCUAAAGAUCAUUCGAUGCUACGUCUCCUAUUAUCCUUCAGCGACGGUGGAUUCUUCUGCGUUAUGGUUGGAAGAGCCUUUCGCCUUGGUUGCUCAUCACCAUAAAGAAUUGCAGCAGCACAUGGACGCAAAUAAGGACAAAGUCGUCAAUGAAAGCGCCGACACGGAAAUUGAAAAUAUCAAGAAGGACGAAGAUGAGGAAGUAACUGGGUUGCGACAUCUCGGCUGGCUUUUACACUUUUUCAAGAAGGCUGUUUUGGACGACAUGAUCAACGAAGAGCAGCGUCACAAAAACGAUAUGUGUACUUUCCGCAUGUUGUGGUUGUUAUUCAAGCCGGGGAAGACAGUUUACCAUGAGACGGACGGUCAUCUAGGAGCAUACGUCUUGCAAUCUGUUGAUACAGACCCUGGCAUCUUGUCCAUCGUCCCACCUAUGCGACCAAAGUCAUAUACCAUCAAGGUUUGGAGCCUUGAUUUUGAUGGCAAGUACGUCGGUCGAGUGGGAAAGACUAUUACAAUUGCUCCAUUCGAGGGAGAGAGACCGAUUAGAUCUCUGCAGCUCGUGCCGUGCGAUAUUAUCGAUCAAGAUGAUGGUGGUAAGUGGAGAGAAAAGCUGAGAGACAAUGGGAGGAAAUGGUAUCAGUUGCUUCCUGGUGGACAGGUUCAUUACUCUGGACCUGUUCUGGGGAUACAAAAACGUCAGCUUGACGGCCGUGUCUACAUUGACCACGCAUCAUACAUAACCUAUCUGAGUGAAAAGCCAAUUGAAGAACUCGUACAGGAAUAUAAUUAUGACUCGGAUAGCAGCUCCGCCUCCUACGACAGCAGAAAUCGUAGAAGAAGACGGUUUCCACUACGAAUUGGCCCCAAGUUGGGCAAUGUUCGAGACAUGGGCGGGAAAGGCCUUUCGAAGUGUCAAUGCGUAGACUGUCGUGGUCUUCGACCUCAUCCACCCUCUGGGUUCCCUUGGCUCGACUAUGACAUAUUAGAUCCUGCUAUCGAGAAGGAUCUUACCAUCCCAGGCGCGAAGGAAGGCCCGGGUCAUCGAUAUUUACUUUGUGGGCGACUAUUGAGAGGUUUUGACCUCAAGACAAGAACAUGGGUCCAACUAGACGUUGCUUACUGCAACCCGCCGCGUGCCAACAUAAGGGCUAUCGACACACUCGUCAUGCCAACUCAGAGAAAGGAUAUGAUCAAAGCACUCAUACAAAAGUUUACAACCAACGAUCUUGACAAGACACGACAGCAAGCUUGGAGAGCAGAUUAUAUCGAGAAUAAGGGUGACGGUAGGAUCUUUUUGCUACAUGGAAGUCCUGGAGUUGGGAAGACAUACACAGCAGAGUGCAUCGCCGAGUACACAGAAAGACCUUUAUUGUCUCUGACAUGUGGAGAUAUUGGUACAGACGAAGUCAAGAUGGAAGCUCAGCUCUCGAAAUGGUUCCAGCUAGCUGAGAAAUGGGGUGCUGUCAUGUUGAUUGACGAAGCAGAUGUGUAUCUCGAAAGACGACAAGUGACUGACUUGAAGAGGAACAGUCUUGUCGCGGUUUUCCUCCGAUGCAUAGAAUACUACCGAGGUAUUCUCUUCCUAACCACCAACAGAGUAGGUCAGUUCGACGACGCCUUCAUCUCUCGAAUCCACGUUAUCAUUCACUACGAGAAGCUCAGCCCUGAGGGCCAGAAGAAAGUCUGGGAGCAGUUCUUCGACAAGCUGGACUAUGACCGUGAGGACUUCAAAGUUACCCGUCGCGCCAAGGACUAUAUACUUGAAGAUGGGGCCAUCAGUGAGAUGGAGUGGAACGGAAGAGAAAUUCGAAAUGCUUUCCAAACCGCUGUUGCUCUGGCCGAUUACAGGUUCCAGCAGGGCUCUGCGAACCAGAAACAACCGACUCUUGACCAGAGAGACUUUGAGCAGGUUUGUGAGAUGAUGAGACAGUUUAAGAGUUACCUGGUGAACGUCCAUAACAUGGACGAAGGGCAACGGGCGUUCAAUGCGGGUUCUAGAGCAUUGGCCGAGUUUUAG